CCGCCGCUGACAGGCGGCGAGGCGAACACCCGCGCCAGGCCCCGCGGCGCGUCACGGCCGGCGGCGGCGGCGGCGGCGGCGACUUCCCAGCUCCCCCCCCGCGCCCGUCGCACGCACGCGUACUGCGCCCAGCAUGAGGGUCGCCGCUCUGAUCAGUGGUGGGAAGGACAGCUGUUAUAAUAUGAUGCAGUGCAUUGCUGCUGGGCAUCAGAUCGUUGCUUUAGCAAAUCUAAGACCAGCUGAAAACCAAGUGGGGUCAGAUGAACUGGAUAGCUACAUGUAUCAGACAGUGGGUCAUCACGCCGUCGAUCUGUAUGCAGAAGCGAUGGCUCUUCCCCUCUACCGCCGUACCAUAAGAGGAAGGAGUGUGGAUACCGGACGAGUGUAUACCGAAUGUGAAGGUGAUGAGGUUGAAGAUCUCUAUGAGCUUUUGAAACUUGUUAAGGGCAUCGCUAGAGUGACCUUGCCUGCUGAAUAUGAUGCUCUGAAUCUCCAAGAUUUUCACAUGAAUUUGGAAGUGGGCAGUCAGGCGAUUGUUUACAGGACUCCAAAUGAACUGUGCACUCACAGCAAGUUUGAUAAACACACAUUUCCUCCUUUUAUCAGUGAGAUUGCAGAAUGUGAAGUAUGAGUUUCCAGUUUUACUUAUUCCCUUCAACCCUUUUCCUGUUUAAAAACUUAGACAUACUAAUUGGAUGCUGAUCUGUCCCUGUUUUUUAGUCUGUUUACUGAUAGUUGACGGUUUAUUCCAAUACUUACCUAGGCGAGGUUUGGUAGUUCUUUAAAUAAUAAACUUCCCAUAUACUCAACUUAAAGGAGAUUCAUCCCAAGGAAUGCAAUGUGAGCACUAAUUAACAGUAAUGACUGCUAAUCACUUUGCUUUUUAUACUCCUUUAGGAGCACUGCUAUUACCCAAUGUAGUUAAGUAAAAUGCUUGUAUAUGAAUCAACAAUGCUGCAUCCUUUUAGCAGCUAUUGCUCACAAUCAAGCUUUGCAUAAAUUAGAGUUAACUAAAAUUGAUUUUAAUAUCCUGCAUUUCUUUCUGCAAUAGUAACUAACAUAUCCAGUUAAAUACACUGGAUGUUUAAAAGGCAUUCCCUGAUUUUUUUUUUGUAGUCAUACUUAUGGUAGAUGAAAAGCAAGAUUGCAAAUAAAUUUUCUCACAGUUGACGACCUUCCUCUUAGAUUUCUACAAAAUUGCAUGCGGCAUACUCUUCAUAGGCACACGGCAACACUUGGAUUCUGUUGUAAGAAUUUUAUCACAUCAAUGAAAAUCAAUAGGUUUAUGUUUAAUUUUUCUGAAUUUGUGCAUUUACUUCCUAGAGGAUCUUACAGUUCCUUUAAAUUAUAUAGCCCAUUUAUAUAAACUUGGUUCAUAGGAUUGUGCAUUCAGUGUUCAUUAAAAGGGGUUGUUUUAUUAUGUUUGGUGUAUUAUUAGACUCUUAUAAAAGCUUUCUGUUUAUUUACAUGCAUUCAACAUACCUACAAACUGCCUUGCCUCAGGAGGAGAUGGAACAAAACUCAUAAAUUAAUAAUUUAAGGGAGCAAUACCCAAGUAGCAUUUUGGUUAACUUAAUAAGCUAAAGCCUUAGAGUCAGUGCUGGCCACUUUAACAAUGCUUUACUUUUGACUUUUAUUGGCUGAAAAUAACUUGUUAAACCAAGGCUUUUGUCAUAAAGUGAAAUCUACAUACUAUCUGAAGUCCCUUCCCCUCUUUUUUGAUUUAUGAGUAGGUUGACAUAUUAUUGAAGAAUUUUUAACGCUUUCACAGUUCUGCACUUUGAUUUCAGAGAAGGUGCUAAUCUCUCUGGAAGUUUGAGAGUGACAAAAUGAGUUGUAUACUGUUUUUCUGGGGAAUUUGGGGUUCUUUAUUAGAGGCCUUAGUUUUAUGAUGGUACCUAUAUUAAUGUUGAUUUAUCAAAUAAGUGAUGUGGUGUUGCGAUCUGAUAUGCAUUAGCAGAAUGUCCUCCUUUCACAUUUUACAUGUUAUCUGUAGUUGCCUGGUCAUGACAUUGUAAUUCUUAUAGCUAAUGCUAGUGUUUCUACAGAGGUUCAGCAACUCAAGACAUUAUUUUUAAGUCACCAAAAUAAAAUGAUUUCCCUUUUAUUUUUGUAUUGCUUUGUAGUGUCAGAAAUCUAAAUUUUUGGUGAGUAAACAAGUGGAAAGAAUUAAGUGGUAGUGUAAUGAAAAGGUUUAUAUUUUUUAUACUAGUCUUAUUGUAAUACAUUGCAAACAUAUGUAUUAAAAAAAAACUUUGGCACUAUACUUAAUUGAAUUUAGUUUCAAAGAACCGCAAGAGGAAUGAUGUAGAGAACAGAAAAUAUAUGGAAGCUUAAUUGAAUGUUAUUCAUAUCUAAUUAUAAUCUUUGUGCGUAUUGUUGUAACUUUUAAAUUUUGUAUCCCAGUACUAUUGCACAAUAGCAUGAAAUACGUGUCUGUGAGGAAAAACUUGUUUUUUCUAUUUUGCUUUGAGUUUGAGUUCCUGUGUGUAACAAAAUUACGUUUAAAAACGGUGAGGAUUUCAGUUUUGAUCCUUUUUUUGUUUUGUUUUGUUUUGUUUGCAGUGUGUUUACUUUCAUGUGAGAGUGAUUGAUCUGUAGCUGUCAUUUUACCCAAAGAGGGGACAAAUGGAAUUGGCCUUUUAGACAAAAGUAUGCAAACAGACUGCAUUCUUUCUGUUGAUAGAAUUAUGGAAGGAUUGCAUGAGGUGCCACAUUCAUUUUCCUAUUGAUUGUAAAAAGGAUUCUGCAAUGGGCUGCUGUUUCCAUUGGAUAAGGAGGUGCUAUGAUUAGUUACCUUUCUCUUGAAAGCACUACAAAAGGAAAUGCAAAAUGUGUGCGGUGCAGUGUUCUCAAUUUGACAGUUGUUUUUGUUAAGUUUUUUUGCCCUAUUGAAGUCCAGUCUAUUUUUAAAAAAACAUACAUUUUGGUUUUGUCCCUUAUAUUAAGCUUGGUAGAUUUCCAUGCGUUUGACCCUUUAAAGAAAUUAUACAUUGUAGACAGUUUUUCUAGGCUUCUAUUGUAAAGCUUCAAAGCUGAUGCAACAGUGCCCUCUGUAGUCUUUCAGUGAACAGUAGAUAAAUGUAGAUGAUUUGGAAUAUUCAGGUAAGAAGCAGGAUAUUUAAAUUUAAUUUUUGCUCAGACAAGAGACUCCUUUUUCCUGACUAGACAUUCUUGUUUUUCACGAGCGGCUUUACUUUAGACAAAGGGAACAAAGGACCAUUCUGAGUUUUCAUUUAGAAUUAUUGGCUACCUCUUGUUGUUACCCAGUGGUAAAUCUCAAGUUUUAUCAGACAUUCAUCAGGGUAAUUUGAGAUAGAAGGAAUCUUACAAGCUGUACUGUCUCUUCAUGAAAUAUCUUUUUGAAGUUGAGUUCCAAUAGGAGUAUUUUUAAAAAUAAUUUAGUUCCUUUGUGCUCUUUUCUUCUAUUUAAUUAGAGCCUAAGUGGCUGCCUAGAACUUAACUUUUACUUGUCCCUGAAUUGGGUAACACAGGCUUUAUACAGGACAUUAUUUAAAUUCAAACCCAGGGAGUUACACAAUGUCUAAAGUAUUUGUCAUUCAUUAGCAUUGAUUUAAAUUUUAGAUUUCCCUUCCUUUCUUUAUUGGUUACCUAUUUGAUUGUAUAUAUUGAUAGCUAAAUUUUUCAUUGUAAACACAACUUUAUGUGAAGUUAUUAGAUGAUAAUAAAAGCAGGCAUCAUAUUUAGCUGUGACCAGAAGAGAAAAAUUCCAUGGGCUAAGUUUGUUUUCCUUCUGAAAGGGUUUUACUAAAAAGAGCAUGGGCCCAAUCCUAGCUUCUCCAUGUAUUCACUAUGUAAUAUUGAACACAUUUCUUAAUCUCUGAGCCUGCUUUCUUGUCUGCAAAAUGGGAGUAAAAAGUGUUUAUCUUUUGAGGUUUUUGUAAGGGAUUAGAGAUACUGUAUAUUAAUUGGCCAAGUUGUUACAAAUGCCCAAAUGGUUACUUUGUUCUAAAAAUCACAGUGUGAAGGUAAAUGGCAUUGUUUUAUACAGGGACAUUUCAAUAAAAAUCUAGAGCACAUUUAAUGCACUUUAGAUUUUUCAAAAAUUUCUGUCUCAUGACUUGCAGUGAUUUAUGUGAAUCUGAAAGCUGACAUGGCAUCCCUCAGUAAUGUGGACUGACACAAUGAGAUGUGCAUUAACUUUCAAGUCUUUACAGACUUCAUCCCCAAACUUCUUAAAUAAGCCACGUUUAUAAACUCUAAUGGACAUUUACUAGCAAACCAAUGUUUGGCAACUUGUGAAAACUGAUAAUAAAUGAAACUCAAACAAAGAGUCUUUUACUGUUUCAAACCCUGGGUGUAUUGGGGAAAACUUAGGAUACUUUUUGUUGACCUGUGUUCUCGGUAGUAGUCUAGAGCCCAUAUUUUUCUAGGUAAGUGGAUUUUGCUUUCCCUACCCAGUUACAGAAAAAGACUGAUUUAUAAAAAUAGAUGAAAGUGGAGCUUUUCUGGUUGAAGUGGAGAUGGGGGCUCAAGUCUCUUUUUGAAGGAACAAAGUUUAAAAACCAUUUUGGUGCUAUACCAUAUAUGUAUAUGUGUGUGUACACAUAGAUAAAUUUUCUCUCUGUCUCUGUCUCUCUGUCUCUCUCUCUCUGUCUCUCGUACAAAGGCUUUGUGCUGCUUUGAUUUGAAUUCAGAGCAGUUAAUUCUAUACCUGGCACAUAAAAGAUGCUCAAUUAAUAUGUGCUAAAUACAGAAUUUUUUGAGUACCAGGCCUCCCAUUAUUGACACAGAAGAUUUGAGAUACCAUAUGUUUUAAAAUGCACAGUUUAAUGUGGCAACAUUCUAUUACAAUAAUUGUUUCUAUGUGAACCCUUUAAACAAGCACACUUCAAGUGUAAUUCACCAGUUUAUUUUUUAAAAAUCAACCUGUUGUGACCACAAAUAGUAAUGGGAAAUGAAUAAAACUGUUCAGAACUUGUCUUCCAGAUGAUUAAAAGCUGUUGCAUUCCACAGUGAUAGAUUUAGCAAAAGAUUCUGACAUUUCAAAUGACCUGAUGGUAAAAAUAAUCUUGCACAAAGAACUUGUGAAUUAAAUUUUCUCAACAUUGACUAAAGCAUUGUUUUUCUUGUAAAGUUCUUAUUUGUGCUUCAUAUUGAUUUUGAGUAAUCCUGAAUUUAAUGUUAUAAUAAACCACAUUUUGUUUUUAGUAUAUCAUUUGGGUUAAAAUUGAGAACUAUGAAAGUAUCUUUUUAAAAAAAAAAUAUUAUAGAGAAGGAACCAGUGUUUGAAACCAAUAGAAUGAAAUGGAAACCAAAUAUGGUAGGUUUUUUUUUUUAAUAGUGACCAGUUGCAGUAAGAAGCAUGUUUAAAAUUAAAUUCUGGUUCAUAAGACUGACAAGAUGCUGUCUACAAAAAAAAAAAAUGAAUAAGGUAUUUUUCUUUGCAAUGAAAGUACCAAAUUAAGAAUCUGCUUAAUUAAAAUAAUGAUAAAUGUAGAUUACAUUACUGAAGACAGUGAAAUACAGCUGCUCUGUCUAGUGAGAGCCUGCAUAAUUUACCAAGACUGUACAAAGAAGCAAUGGAGCAGCCACUGCAGACUGUUAGAGGAAAUGUCCUGUUUAUUCUACAUACAUUUCUUUUUUUAAUUAAAAUGUCAAUGAUAAUUUUAUAGCAGUCCUCCAAAGAAAUCCCUUAAAUUUCUUCAAGGUGGUAGAAUGUGAAAUGAGAUCAUUGCUGCUGAAUGAAACAGAUUAAACCCAAGAAAAAAGUAGCAUUUUAUUAUUUUUUUUAUUAAUUCAGCUUUCAUUAUUAGGAGCUAAUAUUGAAGUAUGUAUGUUUUUUUUUUUUUUAAUGAGUCUUUCAUGAGAGAAAUGUGGCAAAAUCUUUGAAUACGCAUUUUAUUUCAAAAUCUCUUGGAGCCAUAAGCAAGAUUUGGGUGGAGCCAUAAGUAGCAUUGCUUACAAAUAACAAAAUAGGUAUGUAUACCGUGGAAUUCUCUAGGUGAGACAGACACCUCUGGGUGUAUCAGGAUUGACUGAGUGGUAUUUCCUCCUCAGUUCCAUCACUGGACUAUAAUGAUGACCAAUAAUAUCUUUAUAAUUACAUAUAUUUAAGAAAACCAAUUUUGUGUAUAACAAAUGCUUUUUUGUUUUUGGUGUUUUUUGUGUGUUUUUUUUUUUUUUUGUCUGUUUGUUUGUUUUUUUUUUUUUUUUGCCUACAAGAGAUAAGUGGGAUUUCUGGAGUCAGACUUGUCUGUGUUCUAGGCUUUACCACAUGCUAGCUCUAUGACCUUGGUUUAGUUAACUUCUCUACACUGUGGCUUUCACAUUUGUAAAGUUGGGGCUGGCGAUAGUACCUACAUCAUAGGAUCGUCAUGAGCAUUUAAUGGGAUAAUCCAUGUAAAAUAGAUCAUAAAGGAAGCCUCAGUAAAUGUUAACUAUCACAUUAAGAAUAAUAAUAGUAAUAGUAAUGUUAACUAAUAUUAAUGUAAUGUUAAUAUUAUUAAUAAUAUACCAACUCACUAGAUAAAAUGUUUCUCCUGCACGGGAACAAUGGAAGAUUGCUCAUACUUAACUAGUUUAAUAGGAUCAUUGUUUAAUAGGAUCAGUUGCUUUCACAUUGGUGAAUAUGUCAAAGCUUGUGCAUUUCAAUAUGUUUGUUUUAGACUUUGCAUUAGGUUGAUACCGACUGGAAUUAAUUGAAUAUUUUCCAUGAUUUAGUUUUUCUACAGGGUCUUCCAGGAGUCCAUCUGCUAAAAACUUCUUAAUGGAAAGGGUUUGUGGGCAGAAAAUGGUCACAUCACUAAGAAUUUGAGAAGUUUAUAUGAGAAAACGGUAUGAGGAGAAACUUCUUCAGAUGAUUUUAUUCUAUACGCUUUUUUCUUUGAACUUCAAUAAAAUGAUAAGUGCUAGAAGUGCAAAGAUAAGAAGUCACACACUAUAUAACCAUUGUUUGUAAUGUUUACACAUGCUGUAUGAGUUGCAGAAGGUUAAUAUACACAUACUUUUUUUCUCUUGGUUAGUUGUGGGCUUUUUUCUAGUUGCCAGAAACGUAGAUGAUUAAGGCACAGUGCCUGUCUCAGGGAGGGAGAAAGUUACUGCUAUGUAUUCAUGGAAAUUAUUUGUAGCGAAUUCUUUGCUCUUUUAAAAAUAUUCCAUUUUUCUUGUAGUGUAUCUCUUUGUUCCAUGACUUGGCAUUCAUCCUUCAUCGUCUAGCCAUUGUUGCUGAGUUUCUCCUAAGAAUCCUGUGGUCUUUGAGGCUCAGUAUUGCUCUAUCUGUGCCUGUUUGGGAAUUACCCUGAUGACUUUUGAUUUAGCGCAUAAUUUUGACUAAUACCUUGAAAUAAUUUAUCAUUUAUUCUUAGAGUCUUAGAAUCUCCAGGUUUCUUCCCUAUCCUGGUCCUCUUCAAUAGAGAGCAGGUGACUAUACAUUAACAUAGGUUUUCAGUGCUUCCUCCACAGUACUACUGUAAGAUGUUUGCUGAAGUGUGAAGUAUGAUUUAGCACUGAAAUUGAGUCAGACUUUCAGUUCAGUGUAUCCUGAGGUCAUUAUUAGACAGUAUUUGCUUCCUAUUUUAAAUUAAUUGUUUUUGGAAGGCCAGUAGCUGCUCCCCCCCCCCCAUUAUUUAUAGAAGCAUCUUCACAUUUAUUUCAGACAUUCUUUAGGGCCAUCACAGAUCAGAUUCUGUCAGAGGCUAGGUGAUAUUAUAAACUUUAAUUUUAAGUUAAUAUCAAUGGGCCUUGUUUCACAUGGAGUUCUUAAACAUUUAUACUUACAUAGAAAUUCAGUCUUCAUCUUUGAGUAGCUUGUAUUGUGCACAGAGUUUCUUCUCAGAAUGUUAUUUGUGUAUAUUUUAGACAAAACAAUGCUACAUGAUAGAUAAAACUUAUCUAGUUUGUGAAGAUUUUAUAUAAUUAGAAGGUGCCAAACUUAGGUUGGUGUUUUUUGCUUUAAGGUUAAUUGAUAAUUACCAAUUCCCUACUGUGUGUAAAUCCUUGCAUUCACUGAAUUCUGUUUUAUAUAAUGGCUUUAGUGUGGCUACUCUUCACCCUAUGUUUAUGUUGAUUUGGAAUCAACUGAUUAGUCAAGCAAUCUGAAAUGGAAAUGAUACAAAGCAUUUACAACCAAGAAAAGUUAAGGGAAAAUAUAGUAAGUUACAACUAACUGUUACUAAUAAACUAGCUAAAAUAAUUGUUUCCUAAAACCAACAGCUUGUGGAUUGUACACAUUUUUGAGUGUAUAAUUUUCAUUAUCUGCACAGUUUAAAGAUGUGUUUUAACUAUGUUUGUCAAAAGAAAAAAGCAGUCUUUGUAAUUAUCAACUUUUAGAAAACAAAAUGAAGAUCUAUAAAUUGUGUUUUGAUUUAUUGGUAACCAGUUUCUUAUAUUUAACCUAAACGCUGGAAUAAGCCUCCUAAAAUGGUUAUCAUUUAUUUUCUGCCAUUAUUUGGUGCUUUUGCGUAGUAAAAAUAACACUGGCAUUGAUGAGAUCCCCUUUGCUUUCUUUCUGUAGUUAUUAAAUUCUAAUACAUCUGACUUUUCUGCAUUCUUUUAUUUUACUUUCAUUGUUUUUAUGCUUAACUAUCUGUGUUUGUCCUCUGUCUUCUGCCUCUUAGGUAGUCCAGAAAGCUUCUUUCCUCUGAGACUAGGUUCUUUGUACUCCUCUUGCAGACACACGUACUUUCUCUGUGCAGUGAAAAUAGCUUUGUUAUAACUUCACAGGGUUCUUACCCUUGUUCUUCACGCCUUGGUUUUUUUUUUUAAUCUAAAUUACUCCUUAAUAUUCUUUGAUACUUAGGAUAAUUGUUUUCUAAAUUAAGGAGAACACAUGAAAAUAGAAAAAAAUGUGAAGAUCUUACUCAAAAUUCAAUCAUUUAGAGUUAACAUUUUGACGCAUUUCCACGCAUAUAUACUUAACAUACUGUCAUAGAUACAGACACACACACAUGUAUAAUCAGUUGUGUGUAUAACUUUGUAGACUGCUUUCUUUUAACUUAAAAUAUCAGGAGCAUUUUCCAUGCCAUUAAAACCUCCUUAUGAACAUAAUUUAAUGGCUACUUAAUAUUCCAUCAUGUAGCUGUAUAAUAAUUUCCUUAAUGAUUCCCUAAUUUUGUAAAUUAGGCUGAAUCUAGUUUUUAGUAUAAAAAAUAGCACUUUGAUGUGGGUACAUCAAUUAUUGUCAACAUUUAAAAAUAUUAAUUUCUUAGGAUAGAUUUCUAGAUGUAUAAUUAAUGGUUCAAAGUAUAUGAUUAUUUCUCAGGCCAUUGAUACAUAUUGCCUAGUUGAUUUCCAUAAAUAAUAUACCUGUUUAUGCAUGCAUUAUUUAUAUUUUGAAAUUCUAAGUCUUUGUUUAAUGUGUCUGAAACUCAACUUGGAAUUCUAUUUUUACAGUUCCUGGCAUGUGGUGAAUACAAGCUGGGAGUAGCAUUCUGCCCAUCUUUGACUGCAUUUUAUUCUUGGAACAAAACCAAAGAGAUGUGUGUUAGGGCAGCUCAGUCAUGUAACGCAAGGCAUAGGGUGAUGUUUUUCCCCCCAUAUUGUGAGAAGUCAUUUUCCAGUGUUUUAAUGGGACUACAUUCAAUAGAUAAUCUGCCACAAAGUGGGCUGAGUUUUAGUAUAUUGCAUACUAAUAUUGUGCCAUGUGGAUGAACACAGAUGCAGAAAUAGAUACAUAUAUGUUAUUUUUUUUUAAGUUCCAGAUGUCAUAUGAAUUAAAACUCAUUUUUUUUCUGAUAAGUUCUAUUUUCUGACUAGCCACACUGUAGUCUCUGGAUAUCAACUUGUUUAUUUUCUACUGGCAUCAUUAAGUUUGGUAGUAUUUAGAAAUUAUUUCCAAUUUUCUCAUUAAAUAAAUGCUGAUAGACUAUUGGAUUAAUCACAGGAGAUUGAUCAUUUUGGGUAUAUAUAUUUAAUAUCAAGCAUAAUAUUUUAGGUAUAUUUCACACUCUACAAAUUAUUACUGUAGGUAUAAGCCAUUACUUCAUGUUCACUAAAUCCCAUAGAAAAUAUCUUAUGCUUCCUUUUUUUAAAAAUGAACUUCUAUCAUUAAUGUUGGCUAUUUUUAUUAUGUUAUGAAAAAUAAAACAGUAGUGCUACUCUUUUGAAUUUAGUGGACUUAGUAUAGUAACAAUAGUUCUAUAAUAAUGGUAAAUUCAUUUGUAAGAAUAAAACAAGUAAUGUUCAUUUCAUGGUAAUUAUAACUAAAUGGUUAUUUACACCUUGGGAAAAGAGGAUUAAAUCACCUUUUUGGUAUUAUAACUACCUUUUGCUGUUGGUCUCUUUGCUUUCCCAGAACUAGUUCUGUGUUUACUUGUAUUAUACAACUAGUAUUAGGGGAUGCUGGCUUCUUUGACAUACUUACUCUUUUAAUGCUUAUUGCUUGGCAGUUUCUUGUUAGUGAUAUGAACAGCAUUCCAACACACCGGCUUAGGCUGGUAUGUGGGAAUGUUGUCCAGAGGGGGUAUUGCUGUUUUUUCCCAAGCAGCUGGGUUCUCACUUUAUUUCUUCUUCUUUCCAGCUCUAAAUAUAUCUGCCUCCACGCACUGUGUACACUUUGUGGUUCCAUUCUCUUCUUUCUUCUGUCACUUUCAUUCUGUUUCUCCUGUCUUCCUCUUUCAUCUACCUCAUGCAUUUGUGCAUGCUCAUCCGCAACUAUACGUGGAUUUUCAGGUAUUAAAAACAAAGAUUGCAGGAUCUAGAUCUAAUUUAGUUGCUAAAGUUUUGCGUACAUUUUCUCCCUGUUUUCUCUUUCAUUAUUUAAAUUGGGGUCAUCUGUAACAUUUACACAUUUUUAUGAGUACAAGCUCUUCUGUCCUUAAGCCUUUAUGUCUCUUAAUGAUGAAUAAACGGUACAACUAGAGAAAAAAAGUUAGACCAGAACUUCCAAAACUUCACUAUGUAGACGAGCCAUCCGGGAAUCUUAUUAAACAUCCGAGUUCUGAUUCAGUUGGUCCGGGUGGAGCCUGAGAUUCUAACACGUGCCUCGAUGAUGCCAGUUCUGCUGGUCUGAGGCCCCACUUUGCAUAGUAAAGUUUUAGACUCUGGUUCCCUGCUGAGAGUGUCAUUUAUUUAGAACAGGAAUAUUUGAAUUUAAAAGCCAGUUUGUUCAUAUAUUUGCUCUACAUAUUAGCUAUAAGAGUCUAAUACCUACAAGGAUGAGGGGGUACAUUUCCUUUUAAGACAUAAUUUGCUAUGUUUCUACAGUUCUCUAAUUUAGGCAGUGGUAAAGCAUGGUGAUUUAAAUGAUCUCUGAGUCUUGGGCAUUCUGUGAUGGUCCCAUGUACAGCUUCCCUGGUUUAGUUGGCUGUUUAGUGUAGACUAAUGAUGACAUGUCUCUAGGUUGAUGUGGGUGAUUAGAUUUUAUGGUGUUGAAAAACUUUUCUUGUGGAAGUUUUGGGAAUGAGGGUGAGGGGUGGGGAAUUGGGACCAGGGAUGGAGGCGCUGGUGUAAAGGAGAAUUAGAUGACAGCAGAAAAAUGCUUUGUUCCUUCUCAUCCUUAUGAUGAGCACUAGGAGAAGCAUGGACAACUGGAUUAAAAUGAGUUACCUGUUGAAAGUGAGAAAAUCACCCAAUGCAUAUGCAGAAGUUAUUCCCAUUAUGCUUUUAAAUAAGAGGUGUUUCAUGUCUUUUAAAUAAAGAGAUCCACAUAAUUUCCUGUAUAAAAAAUGGACAGCUUCUAGCACUAAGGAUGUAUCAGAACCUACAACAGAUUAGAAGAUGGGCUGAUUUUAGAAAGGAGAUGGAUGCCAUGACCAGCUUCUGCAGGUUGGCCCAUUAUUUGCAGUCCAUUAGUCAAAUGUGACCACCAUCAAAACACUUGCAUCUUUAAAUUGCAAAAUAUCUUGAUCUAUAACAUUGUUGAGGAAAAAUGAUCAAAUUAUCUAACAUGGUUGGUUCCUGAAAUGACUGAAGCCACAUAGUCUGUUGUAAACUCAAAGAAAGAAAUGUGAGAAGCCUUUCCCUUGCCAGUGAGCACCGUGCUUGAAAAUAAAUUGUAUUUUAAUUUAUGACCCAAAAAAUUCAUCUAACUUUUGCUUUUUCAAACCUUUUCAAACAUUAUUUUAGAACUAGGAACAACAUUUUAGUUAUAUUUCCAAUCUUAUUUGUCUAUGUACUUUCAAUGAACAUAGAUUGCCCUUUUCUUUCGGCAGCCUACAUUUAAAAAGCUUAUGUUUUGCCAUAAUACAGUAGAAUUAUUUGUAGUAAUGUGACAAGUCUCUAAACUGCAUGAACAUUAUCCUGAUGUUUUAUUGUUUUAUAAUGUAAAAGUAAAUGCAAGCAUUAAGAAAUGUGCAGUGCUGUCAGGCUCCUUCAGGAUUUAAGAAAAUUGCCCCAACUACUGAAGAACUGAAAAUAAUCUUUCAGGUCGCAAAGAGCAGUUGUUAUAAUAUUGCCUAACAUUUUGCUUUUUUUUUUUUUUACUCUAACCAUAGUGGUGAUUUGAGUCAAAUGCUAAAAAAAAAAAAAAAAAAAGAAAAAAACCCUCAGAUUUUAUUUAAUUUCAGCACUGCUAUUUCUUUGUAAGAAUUGCAUGUAAAACAUCAUGGUUAAAAAGUAGGAAUAAAAUAGAGGACUCAUUCUUAACUUUGCAUAAACCUAGACCAUAAAUCUGUUUCUUGUAAUAAUAGAAAUUUUACAGUCCAACUUCCUGAUCCAAUCUGUAAAUUUGAUAAAAUAGGCUUAAAUAGUAUGUGUUAAUCACAAAACUGAAAUUGUUGCCCUGUGAGCUCUUCAUAAAAGUGAAACAAACAUACAAACAAAAUCUAAAAGCCAUACCUUACAGAAAAGUUCACAUGAAGCAUUUUGGAUUUUUAAAAUGUAAGGAAGGAGGUAUUCCUUACGGUUUUAGCCUUUUUUCUAUCUGUUUUAAAAUAUUUCCAUUUAAAUGCAGAUUUUGAUUUUCCAUCUGGGACUAGGUGGAAGCCAUUCUAUUACACUACUAAAAGAAUAAUCCACUUUAACACAACAUUUCUCCCUAAAGGGAUGGUCUUUUCUAGUCAUAAGGUAUUAUUUUUCUCAGAAUGAUAUUAACAUUCAUGAUGUAGCGAUUUUAUCUUGAUUUGAAAGAUGUUUUGUUCUGGCAGUAAAAGGGAUUAAGAGAAUGUCUUUUGUAUC